AUAUCAUCAAUAGGAUGCAAGAGACUCUGGAUAAAAUUCAAAUGCACGGUGAUAACCUUAGUCAGCAAGUUGACCUAGAAAGUAAAUUUGUGUCGGAUAGAAACAUUUCUUCAAAGUUAUCUUCUUCACAUGAAAUGGCCAGCACGCAGAAUUUGCCUCAAAGGUCUUAUGAGAUAAAUCCAAACUCUGGAAUAAAUCGUCAUCAUCACUGUGAGCAUUCUCAAUGCUUCGGGCAAUCAGACCUAGCGCAUUUCCACGAUGUUCAAUGCGAGAAAUCGUUCCAAACUAUAUCUAACCGGUUAUCGCGACAUUAUGACCGUACUUUCAAUGAUGGAGAUGUCAGAAAAGAUAAUGAUGGUGAACAACUUUGGGAACUUCUUCAUAAAGUGAAUGAAGCGUUGGAAACGUAUAAUGAGUUUAAUCGCAGUCGCCGGGGAGAGAAGAGAAACGUCGAACAGGAGUUGAUUUUUCAAAUUCAUGAAAUUCUAAAGAGAGAAGAAGGCAGGACCUUGUAUGCUCCAAGAGACGUCGCAUUACAGCGGACGGAAAAUAGGUUUUCAUCUCGUGGCCGCAUCGAUGAUGGAUUUCACCAAGAUGCCUAUAGCAAUAAAAAAGUUCUAAUGCCUUCGUUAUAUAAGUGCAUGCCAACCCGGGGAGUAUCGCUGGAAUAUUGGGGAAGACAUUCGAUUGAUAGUGUAGAACACACGUUGUCACAAUCUGAAUGGUUCGGAUCCCCGAAAUGGCAACAGAAUCAACAAGACUGGUUCAACAAUGACAUCCCAAAUCCCAAUCGAAUAUUAUGUGACAACUAA